AGAAACAUGUUCCUGAUAAAAACUGGUUAUCAAUAAGAACCAGGCCAUACGAACAGAGUUCUUCUAACUCAGCAUCGUUGUUAGCUUAGCCUACUAAUAAAAACACCGACAGCACCGGGGACAGGUUCAUGAUAAUGUGUUGAACAUGGUCAGGUUCAGGUCCUUCCACCACAGUCCUGUAUGGAGGAGUCCUUUGAUACCGAUCGUUGUGGAGCAAACGGGGAGAGGAGAACGAGCGUAUGACAUCUACUCUCGUCUGCUGAGAGAGAGGAUCAUCUGUGUCAUGGGUCCUAUUGAUGAUUCUAUAGCCAGUCUGGUUAUCGCACAGCUGCUCUUCCUGCAGUCAGAAAGCAACAACAAGCCCAUCCACAUGUACAUCAACAGUCCAGGCGGCGUGGUGACGGCAGGCCUAGCCAUUUACGACACGAUGCAGUACAUCCUUAACCCCAUCUCUACCUGGUGUGUGGGCCAGGCAGCCAGCAUGGGCAGCCUGCUCCUGGCAGCAGGUACGAAAGGCAUGAGGCAUUCACUGCCCAAUGCCCGCAUCAUGGUGCACCAGGUGUCGGGUGGUGCCAAGGGUCAGGCCACCGACAUCGCCAUCCAGGCUGAGGAAAUCCUGAAGCUGAAGAGACAGCUCAACAACAUCUACGCCAAACACACGGGACAGUUACUGGAAACUAUUGAGAGCGUGAUGGAAAGAGAUCGCUACAUGAGCCCCAUGGAGGCCCAGGACUUUGGCAUCAUUGAUCGGGUUCUGGUCCACCCACCUCAGGCAGGCCAGGAUGAGCCGGAGCUGGUUCAGAAAGAAGCAGAAGCAGCAGCAGCAGCAGCAGCCAGUCCCUCACCACAGCCAGAGUCUGCAGUCUCAGACCAAGCCUCCCCCGGGUCCAACUCACCCUCAUCUUAUAAACCAGAACCCUGAACUCACCACAGCUGCUGCUCUGGGAUCUGAACGCUGGACUGAUGGGCCCUGAAAGCAACACCAGCCCCCCCUCGUCAGUCAGUACUCUGUGGUCUCUGGACACACAGUGGAGAUCAUGUCAUUACAAUGAACCUUUUUGUUCACAACCAAAUAAAUCCAGUGUCUGCUGACAUUAACCCUC